UCCCCGAGCUCACCGACCUGCAUGGGGGAGGACGCGGGGGACAGGGGUUCGUCGGCCGACGGCCUAGCUCCGGUAGGGUUGCCGAUGUCGGAGACCAGCCCGAAGGCGGAGGCGGCGAAGCUGCUGCCUUUCCUGGCGCUCGGGGAGCGGGUUGACCUGCAGGCGGCGGCGGCGCAGCAUGUGCUGGCGCUGACUGGCUCGGGGCCGGGGCGCACGCUGCUGGCCGGCCAGGCGGCACUGCUGCGGGCGCUGGUCGAGCUGGCGGUGGCCCCUCCUCCUGCCCCAGCCCGAGACGCCGCUCGCGCGCUAGUCAACCUGGCUGCCGACCCCGGCCUGCACAAGCCGCUGCUGGCGGCCGAGCCCAGACUGCCUGUCCGCCUGCUGGGCUGCGCGUUGGACCCACACUGGCCCUGGGCCGAGGAAGCGGCCGCCGCGCUGGCUAACCUCAGCCGCGAGCCGGUGCCGUGCGCUGUGCUGACAGAGGCUCUGGCGGCCACAGAACCGGGAGAGUCGGGCCUGGAGCGGCUGGUGCGCGCGCUGUGCACUCCGGGCUACAACGCUCGCGCGCCCUUGCACUACUUGGGACCAGUGCUCUCCAACCUCAGCCAACAUCCCGCGACCCGCGCUUUUCUGCUGGAUCGCAACAGGUGCGUGGUCCAGCGGCUGCUGACCCUUACCCAAUACCCGGACUCCUCGGUGCGCAGGGGCGGGGUGGUGGGAACACUGCGAAAUUGCUGCUUCGAGCACCGACAUCAUGAAUGGUUGCUUGGGCCCGAGGUGGACAUUCUCCCCUUCUUGCUACUGCCCCUGGCUGGGCCUGGAGACUUCUCUGAGGAAGAGAUGGAGCGGCUGCCUAUUGAUCUGCAGUACCUGCCACCAGACAAGCAGCGAGAGCCUGACGCUGACAUCCGCAAGAUGCUAAUUGAGACCAUCAUGCUGCUGACAGCCACGGCACCUGGUCGGAAGCAGGUGAGGGACCAGGGAGCCUACUUGAUCCUGCGAGAGCUGCACAGCUGGGAGCCUGAGCCUGAUGUGCGGGUGACUUGUGAGAAACUCAUCCAGGUACUUAUUGGGGACGAGCCAGAGCGCGGCCUGGAGAACCUGCUGGAGGUGCAGGUGCCUGAGGAGGUUGAGCGGCAGCUGCAGCAGCAGGAUCACCAGGAGCGGGAGCAGUGUGAGCGGGAGCAGCAGGAGCUGGAGCUAGGCCCAGGGCCACAAGCAGAGGAAGGCUUCUCGCCACAGAGCACCCCCCACCCACCCCCAGCCCUCUUGUCCUCAGUCCUGGUACCACCUCCAGAGCUGGGGCCAGCUCUACUGGAGCUCAGAUCAAAGCCGAGUUCUUCGUGGAUACCAGGUGCCUUCCUCUUCUGUGGUCCCCUCUUCAUUCUCCCUCCCCCCAGUUAAAUUAAAGCUCUGGCCUGAAGGUAUGUGGACUGUUUUCCAGAUGCCCCAACAUCCCUCUUCCUGCAUUGAGAAGUCCACACCCUUGGCUCUAUAGAAUAAACGCUUUAUCUGG